AUGUUCAUUAUAUCGCGUAAUUCAUUCUAUCGAGUCUGGUUCACCUCACAAAUACCAAACUGUCGUUUCUGGGCCAAAAAGCGGGGUGGCGCCUCCCUCACAGCCUUUCGGUCCACUGCACCGAGACAGUUCAUCCUAUCAGGUACACAGCUUAUCGAGACUUUACUCUGGACACAGUUUUCAAGCAUUGCUUCAGUGGUGAUAUUUUGAGAGAUUGUUCAUAACGGAUCGAGACGUAUACAGUAAACAAUAAUUAUGCGGACAA